AUGAACACGCAACUUUCCUCUUACUCUCGAGUGCCUUGGGGGAAAGGAACUCAAACGGCUACUUUUGGGGUUGGUGGAUGUGAAGCACACGUGAAAUACAGGCAGGAUUCCACCCGCUUGCUGUCAGGACCUGGAGGACCCAUACAAUUCUCAGAGCCAAGGUACUGCGUCGUGAUCAGCGAGGACUCCACCCCUGCAGUCACUGUCACGACAGUCACAGCUAAACAUGACCAAGAGACCCCGCGUCCCCGGUGCCGAGGGCGGAGUGGCGGAGAGUUGGAUCCUGCGUCGCCUGUCUGCCUUCUCUCUGACGAGCUGUGUCCCUUUGUGCGGCGGCUCCCUACGGGGACAGGUGCUUGCUUCCGCCCGCUGGAGUGGCUUCCGGUGCGCUACAGCAUCACGGGCGGAAACCGCGACGGCCUCUUCACGAUCGACCAGCGCUCCGGCCGCAUCACGCUGGCGGCGCCGCUCGACUACGACCUGCACGCGAAGGUCGAAGCGAGAGAUGUGGACACUGUAGACAAAGACGGUCUGCUCUACACACUCAGCGGGGAUGGUGUCGACGGCCACGGCACCUACAGCGCGUUCUUCACCAUCAGCCCCAACACGGGCGAGAUUCUGCAGCACAGAUUUACAGGUUUCAUUACUUUCAGAGGUGAGCUUAAACGUGUUAGUGACAUGUUACUUCCUGAGAGCCAAUGCGUCAAAGCUGAUCACAUGAUCCCAAAUUUAAAUGUUCAUGGUAUCCGCGUCGAAUUCACGAUUCAAGAACUUCUGAAGUCCGCUGAAAUAAGAGAGAUUACGUACUUGGGUCUUUUGACUUAUGUUAAUUUUGCUGUUCAGAGACGUGUGCUCAAAGACAUGCACUGUGAUGAGGACACACACAACCCAUAUGUCCAACCCAUCAUUAAGGGGUUUGCCUUGAGCUGCAGCACCGCUAAUCUCGAACAAACCCUCCGUCUUUAUUGCCUCGGAACGCCGAACCACCUACGGAGUCCCAACAACCCUGGUCUUUCAUAUUCCCGACCUGAUCUUGAGACGGCGUUGGACCGCGACCCUCCCCACGGACGACCCACAUGGAAGCUCAAAGUCCAGGUGCGCGACGGCCAGCACGACCCGUCGUCCCGCUACGCCAGGACGUCCAGCGCUGCCAAUGCCUCUUCCCACGCCCACGUCCGGCGAGCUCUGAGGCCGGAGAGUCAGCGCCUCCACUCCCACUCCUCUGCGAAGCCCGAGGGGGAAUCUCCUCUCCACGGCGACGGCGGAAGGUCAAAGGGGCAAGCGCUCCCUUUCCGUGACGUUUCUAGGUCACGAACCCCGCGCCUGCACCCUCUCUCUUCCGAGGCGGAGUUAUCGCUUCCUGUGGCGAGGAAGCGUAAGAAAGAGCAUUCCCACGAAGGACUUGUGGUCCCGAAAGACGUCCCUCCUCCAGCGGGCCACAACGAGACCAAAAGGAGGAACAGAACGCGUCGAAAACCCGAUGAGGAGGAGAUCGAUCGCCUCGAGGAGGUUCAAGAGCGCCGACUGAAGCACGAGCCGGACGGCCUGCAGAAGGGGGAGCAAGCCUCUCCCCCUCGCUCCCCCUCCCCCCCGCGCCACGCUCCUUCGCGACACAAAGUCGAGUCUCGCGCCCAGCACGCGCGGUACGCAGGUGGAAGACUCGCCUCGAAGGAAGCCUCAGGAGUACUUCUGAACACUAGAACCAGGAGGAAUCCGGGAGGUUCAGAAACCAUGGUGAUCGGCCAUCAGGCAAGAGCAGGAACACGCCAGAGCAGCCUCAGGAGAAGUCCUCCGGGUUCGAAGGACGAGAAGACGAGGAGGAGGAGAAGGAACCCUUCCAAAAACGCCAAGAGCAAAUGGAUUUUUAUUUCGGAGAACGGAACGACUCCGACGCAGAAGAGGCUGAGAAAAAGGGGCAGCGGUCGACCUUGGCUGCCCAUCGGCCUGAGUCCCGAGGCGGAGGCCGCACUAAAUCUCGGAAACAUCUCACUCCCCGGCCGUAAAACUUUCCCGAAAAUUUACCGGAGUGUCCCAGGUCGCCGCGGGAAGGUGAGAAGAAGCAUCGCAGGAGCCAACGCAGGAGAGGCGAGGAAAGGGCAGAACGAAAAAAUGAGAGAAAAGGAGAACCACAAACGGGAAAAGGCCCAGGACGACAUGGACGAAGGGAGGGACGGCGGAGGGUGCCAAGACUACGGGGUCUACAGCCUCGCCACGGACGCUGAGGAACCGAAGGUGCUCCUCGGGACGACCGCCGGGGGAAGGACCUCGGGUGGCGGGGGGCGGGUGCACGUCGUCGAGACUGUGGUGACGGUGGUGGUGAAGGACAUCAACGACAACGCGCCCGUCUUUCCAAAUUCCACUAUGUACGGCGAAGUGCAGGAGAACGGCCCCAUUCACCUACGCGUGGCUGUGGUGUCAGCCUGGGACGCUGACGACGAGGCAGAAGGCACCAACGCCCGCCUGACGUACUCCAUCGCCAAGAACGUGAUCGACGAGCGCACCGGCCAAGCGAUCUUCAUGGUGGAGCCUGACACGGGACUCGUCAAGACCGCCAUCUGUUGCCUGGACCGGGAAACGACACCCGAGUAUCACAUUCAGGUGGUCGCUACAGACGGAGGAGGCCUUAAGGGCUCGGGCACGGUGGUCGUCCGCCUCGACGACGUGAACGACAACGCCCCCCGGCUGACGCGGGAGCUGUGGGAGGCGGAGGUGGAGGAGACCUGGGGCGCCGGACCCCCGAGGGACGACACGCUGCUGGAGAUCACGACCGACGACAGGGACACGUCCAACUACUUCUUCUACCGGGUAGUCGAGGCCAGCGGGUGGGGUUGGGACCACUUCGCCAUCAGGACGGUCGCCACCUGCGGGGAACUCUACGCCGUCAAGACACUGGAUUACGAAGACGCAUCGCACAGAAGGGGCUUCAAGUUCAUGGUGCAGGGCCGAGGCGGGUGGGACGACGCUCGCCACACCGACACGGCCUGGGUUUCGAUCCGUCUGAAGGAUGUGAACGACAACCCGCCCGAGUUCCGCCGUUCGCUCGUUCACAUCACCGUGCGGGAGGACACGGCUCCGGGGACACUCCUCGCCUCUAUGCCUGCGAGGGAUCCGGACAUGGAAGGGCGGCAGCGCGUGGAGUACCGUAUCGUGGGCGGCUGGGGCGCCCUGAGCGUGGAAGCGGGCGGGGGCGUGCGACUGUGGCGUGCGCUGGACCGGGAGGGCGAGGGCGGCGCCGAGGGCGUGGCGCGGGUGGUGGGCGUGGACGAGGGGCGGCCGCCCCUUUCCUCCACCGCCACGCUCUCCAUCACCGUGACGGACGUCAACGACUGCCCACCGCGCCUGCUGCCGCCCACGGUGCUGCACGUGCGGGAGGGCACGUCCGCCGCCCGCCUGGGCGUGCUGACGGCCACGGACGACGACGUGUGGGAGAUGGGCCACGGGCCGCCCUUCGCGCUGGCGCUGGCCGCCUCCAACCCCGCGCACGUCCUCGACCUCAUCGCUCUCAAGUUCGACGCCAGUUGUCUGUUUAUAUUUACUCUUAAAUACUCCCUGUGUGCGAGGAAUGGCCGGGGUUACUAUCCACUGGCAGUGCAGGAUUUGAACGCGGGUCAGAUUGCUGGACGAGAGCGCUACCACUGA